AUGACUUCACGUCUUCCAUUCAGAAUCACUUUAAUUCUGAUUCUACUGAUUUCAAAUUCCCCCACUGCUCAGAGAAACCGUCGCAAACAAAAGUUUGUCAGACUUCCCAGUGGAUUCACAUUUCCAGCAGAUGCAGCAAGUAACUUUCAGAGGGAUUCCUAUAUUCCAGCUACAUUUGCUCCCCCAUCUGAAAAAAUUCUUCAAGCUCCACCACGAUAUGUGACAGGAGAUCAUGAACCUUCUGGUGGCGGCUCUUCUUCCCAGAACUCAGAUAGCCACGGAAUUAAUUAUGCAGAAUAUAAAAAAGCAAUGCAGGAAAAUUACCCUGCUCCAGCCGCCCCAGUUUCAGAAGGAACAUCACAUAAUUAUCAAGCAUCACCUCCCCCUGUAGCAGCCACAGCACCUACAAUCCCUCCGGUUACUGUAGUUGAGUCGCCUGGAAUGCCGCCUGAUCAGGCAACUACAAUAGCCCCCGGACCAGCAACCACUGCUGCAACUAUGGGAUUGAGAAAAGAGAAGUGA